UCUUCUUUGCCUAUAAAUUCAUUUGAUAUGUUUCUCUGCUUUCUCACAACACAAAAACAUUACUUCUAUUUAAACCAAAGAUUAUAAAAGAGAGUGAGAGAGAGAGAAUGGCUGCAACUAGAAUCUACCAAGAAUUUGAGCCUGCAACUAGAUGGACCUCUGAACCAGACGCUGAGAUCCUUGUCGUUGAUCUUCCAGGUUUCAAGAAAGAACAAGUUAAGGUGGCGGUAACCACAACAAGGAAGCUAAGACUAACAGGAGAACGUCCAACUGGUGGAAACAAAUGGAUUCGUUUCCGCCACGAAAUUACAGUUCCUAUGACCGUUGAUAUUGACUCUGUUUCAGCUAUGUUCAAGGAUAACAAACUCUACAUCCGACAUUCCAAAGUCAAGACAGAGAGCCCUCAUACUAAGCCACCAUCACAGGUAGUCAAGAAACCACAUGAUCAACAUGAGACAAAACAAGGACAGGGUGCUAAAGCAGCAACGGUCGAGAAGCCGGAUGGUGCCAAGACAGGAAUCCCUCAAUCACCUGUCAAACCACCGGUGAUGACGCAACCACGUGAUCAACAUGAGGCCAAACAAGGCCUGGGAUUUAAACCCGAAGAGCUGAAGCAUGAUGCACAGCAUAAAGCAGGGGAAGUACAGAAUGACAACAAGGAACUAAUUGGUGAGCCUAAAGGACCUUUGAGUUCCAAAGAUGAGGAGAAGGACAAAGUUGGAGCGAAGUUGUUCGAGAAGUACAAAGAGGCAACUGGAAAUGUGGUACAGAAAGCUAAAAGCCAAAGGCAGCUACUCUGCAAUAUGGCUGCUUCGAUUACAUUGGUUCUGCUAAUCCUACUCUAUGCUAGAAAUGCAGUACGUUCAUCCCUUGUGUGGAACUCAGAGGAAUGAGUGACCCUUCACACAAUGUAUAUGUUUGCUCAUGCAGAAAAUAAAUAAUAUUUGAUAAUACCCCUCUACAUGUCUGUUUACAAAUGUGUAACUAGAA